AUGGCAGCUUCAUCCUCCUCCUCCUCCUCCUCCUCCUCCUCAUCUUUCUUUUCUGAUUUUGGAUUGCUGCUCUAUUUGCAAGAGUUGAACAAAGAUGAGUUCAAAAGAUUUAAGUUACUCCUCAAGGAGGACUUGGAACUUGAGCACCACCAUGUACCUUGGACUGAAGUGAAGAAGGCCAACAGGGAGGAUCUGGCCAACCUGAUGAAAGAACACUAUCCAGGAGAGAAGACCUGGAGUAUGACUCUCAAACUAUUUGGCAAGAUGAAUCUGAAGGAUCUUUGUAAGAAGGCCAAAGCAGAGAUCAGCUCCCAGACCACUGGACCAGAGGACACCAAGAACAAAGGGGCACAGCAAGAUCGGGAGGCAGUGCUAGAGGGUGGAAUAGAAUAUAGAAUUCAAAUAAAGAAAAAAUUCGGCACCAUGAAGGACCAGAACAAUUUGUUUGGAGAAAAUACAAGUUUCCGUGGUGAAAUUUUUCAGAGAUUCCAAGAACUAAUGAACCAGUUGUUUGAUGUGGAGCUCCAAACUGGUAAGCAGCAUGUGACAGUGGUGCUGCAUGGGCCUGCUGGAAUUGGGAAGACCUUUCUGAUGAGAAAGGUAAUGUUAGAUUGGGCAGAGGGCAAUCUCUAUCAGCAGAAAUUUCUGUAUGUUUUCUAUCUCAAUGCAAGAGAAAUUAACCAGCUAAGAGAGAUGAGCUUUGUUCAACUUAUAUCAAAGGAUUGGCCUAGCGGAGAAGGUGCCAUCGAAAGGAUCAUGUUCCAGCCAAGGAAUCUCCUUUUUAUUGUUGAUAGUUUCGAUGAACUGAACUUCGCUUUUGAGGAACCUGAAAUUGUACUGAGCAAUGACAGGACUCUGGAACAACCCGUGUCCUUCCUGAUGAGUAGUUUGUUGAGGAGGGUGAUGCUUCCUGAGGCCUCCUUACUGGUGACGACAAGAAGCACAGCUUAUAAGAAACUAAGAUCUUUGCUGAAGACACAUGUUUCUAUACAUCUCCUGGGAAUGCCUGAGAAUGAAAUGCAUGAGUAUAUUUCCCAGUUUUGUGCAAGCAAAGAUUGGAACAUCAAUGCACUCACCGCAAUAAGAAACAAUGAAAUACUUUUGAACCUGUGCCAAGUCCCCCUAGUGUGCAGGAUCAUUUGUACUGCUCUGAAGCAGAAAAUGGAGAAGGGAGUUAAUGUCACCUUGACCUGCCAAACCACCACAUCUCUAUUUACUUGCUUUUUGGGUAGCUUGCUCACUCCUGCGGAUGGAAGCUGCCCUAGUCUACCUGGCCAAAUCUCACUGAAGAACAUGUGUCACUUGGCUGCCAUGGGAAUAUGGAAUAUGACCUAUGUGUUUUACAAGGACAAUCUCAAAAAGCAUGGCUUAAAACUGUCUGAUAUCUCAAUUUUCCUGGACAUGAAUAUUUUUCAAAAGGAUUCAGCAUAUUCAGAUUGCUACGUAUUCGCUCAUCUACAUGUUCAGGAGUUUUUUGCAGCUAUGUUCUAUAUGUUACCAGGCAAUUGGGAAACCAUGAAAUAUUCCUCCCAGUCUUUUGAAAACUUGAAGAAAUUACUUAAAAGCAAAGCUUAUGAAGACACCCAUUUGAUGCAAAUGAAAUGCUUUUUGUUUGGCCUUCUGAAUGAAGAAACAGUAAAACAAUUGGAGAACAUUUUUAAUUGUACCAUGUCACUGGAGCUAAUAAAAUGGGAUUUCCUACACUGGGUGGAAACACUUGGAAACAAUCUAUGUCCUCCACCACAGUCGAGAUUUCUCGAGUUGUUUCACUGUCUAUUUGAGACUCAGGAUAAAGAAUUUAUAAUCCAAGCGAUGAGCCAUUUCCAAAAUAUUAUCAUUAAUAUUUGUGGAAAAACCGAUCUUCUUCUGUCUUCAUUUUGCCUUAAGCACUGCAACUCUUUAUUGAAAAUUAAAAUUACUGUGACUGUUGCAUUUGAGAAGAUGUUGGACCUCAAGCCCCGAGAUUCUACUUGGCAACUAGAUCAUGAUCACAUUACUCAUUGCUGGCAAGACCUCUUUUCUAUGCUUCAUAGAAACAGAUACUUGAAAGAGCUGGACCUGUUCCAAAGCCUCCUGGAUGAUUUAGCAGUGAUGAGUCUUUAUAGAGAACUGCAGCGUCCAGAUUGUCGACUACAAAAACUACUGUUGAGAAGUGUUUCUUACCCUGAUGGUUGCAAGGGUCUCUUUCGUUCUUUGACUGAGAACCAGAAUUUGAUACACCUGGACCUGAAGAAGAGUGAUAUAAAUUAUACUGGGGUACAGUCAUUAUGUACAGCCUUGAAGCACCCAAACUGUAAACUGCAGAUCCUGAGCCUCGAAGGCUGUGGCCUCAUGGUGGCAAGUUCUGAGGAUCUCUCUUCUGCCCUCAUCCAAAGUAAAAGCCUGAAACAUUUAUCACUGGCAGACAAUGCCUUGGGAGAUAGUGGAGUAGAGCGUAUUAGUUUGGGCUUGAAACAUCCACAAUGUGUUCUACAGAGACUUAUAUUGGCGGACUGUUCUCUCACCAGUGCAUGUUGUCCAGAUCUGGCUUCUGUUCUUUCUAACAACUCAAAUUUGAGCCUCCUAGAUCUUGGGAAAAAUGACUUACAGGACAAUGGAGUGAAGAUUCUGUGUGAGGCUUUGAAACAUCCAGGCUGCCACAUUCAGAGCCUUGGGUUGGGAGGCUGUGGUUUAACUUCUCUCUGUUGUGAUGCUCUCUCCUCUGCUCUUAGCACCAACCCAAGACUGACAAAUAUAAAUCUCAUACAAAAUACCUUAGGAAGUGAAGGGGUUAAGAAGUUGUAUGAAGUUUUGAAAUCUCCUGAAUGUACACUGCAAAUACUAGGGUUGUCCAAAGAGACAUUUGAUGAGGAAGCUCAGAAACUGCUUGCAGCUGUUGAAGUUAGCAACCCAUCCCUACUUAUUAAGUCCACUUGGAAUUACCAGGCUGAAGAUGAGUCCUAGUGACAGAAUGCCUGAUUUGAAGAACCUGACACAAUUAAGAAAAACAAACUUUGUGACACAGACGGGGGCUCUUACCCUUAGAUAUUGCACAUAAUACCUGUUAGAUACGGUUCAUUAUGUCUCUGUAAAAUGUCUGUUCUACUUCACUUCUUGAUGGGAGCAAUGUCCAAGGAUGGGCAGCCUUCUUUUUUUUUUUCUUCUUAGCCCAUUCAGUUCAUGCAUUGCUCCACGUGGUUACGUUGCCCUCAAGGUGUGGUGCACAUGGUGGGGUCUGCAUGCACACUCAGUUUUCCUCCUUGUCUGCAGAUCAAAAAAUCCUCUUAACUGGUAAAAUGGCUUCUAGAUCAAUGUUGCAGGGCAGCCAUUAGAAGUGAACAAAUUGCAGUUGUGAAAAUGUACAAAUGUUAUUGGAGUUGAUAGCUACAUAGAGCAACGAUAUCCUUGACAUUUGGCAUAGAUGGGACAUAGAGGAAUUACAGAGGUGAAUAAAGCGAAGUCAAAAUUACCUA